GCCAGCACCAGCACCAGCACCAAUACCUACAUCAGUACCCGUACCAGCAGCCAGUAUACUAGGCAGAAGAGCAGAGUAGCAAGUAGGGGACGCCAAACACCCCUCACCACCUUUCAACUACGCCGCUCGCUUUGAACCUUCGUAUGGACUUCUCCCGCUCUCUGUUCUUGGUUCUUGGGAUUGUCAGCAAUUCCCCUGGCACACCUGGCACACCUGGCACAGCUCAGCCUGCCUUAUCAACCUAGCCCGGCAGCAGUACAGUGAUCCUACCCUCAAUCAAAUCACACAGAGCGACGCAAAGGCUUUCCCACCUGAUUGAUUAUCUGACUUAAUUGAUCUUCUCUUUUCUUACCCCCUUCCCUUUUAUUUUCUUCCUUCCCUCUUCCUCCCAUUGUCACUUAUGAAUUCAUUGAAUUUGAAUUCCCGCUUUAAGGGCCUAGGAUUAGGUAAACGGAAAUCCACCGCCAGUAUCCCCUCCAGCUCGCCUGAUAUUCCGCCGCCUGCGACUUCGACCCCUCCACCUCAAAUAGCGCAGCAGUUCCCACCAGCCCAAGCGCAUCCCCAUCAUCCCCAUCAUCCACACCACCCCCCCGGUUCUGCCCCUUCUAUAAGAUCUUCUUCGUCCCAGACGAGUCUCCCGAUAAUGAACCAUCCCGGCGCUGGACCUCGUCCACCCAGCUACACUCCAAACUUUCAACCUGGACAACAACCCCCUGUUGAUCGGGCAAGUCCCUUAGGCCCGGCUCGCACACCGCCAUCCCAAAUGGUCGGUGGCCCUCCUCCCAUCAAUACCGGCGCUCCUGUAUCGGGCUACCCCCCUCAGAUGCACAUGCCUCCAGGUGCGCAACAACAACCUCCUCCAGGUGUUGCUGGCGGCCCUCCCGGAUACGCUGGUUACCCGCCUCCCGCUCCUGCUCCCCAACCUACCAACGCCAUGCAGUCUUACGGCCGACCGGCUGCCGAGGUCGAAGGCAACAGCCGGAGUAAGGCUCAAUUAAUUGUUGGAAUCGAUUUUGGUACAACCUUCUCCGGUGUCGCAUUUGCUUUCGCAACCAACAAUGAGGCAAAGGAAGAUAUUAUUACAGAAUGGCCUGGCGCAGGUUCAUACACAAAGCAAAAGAUACCGACCGUUUUAUAUUACGAUCAAUACCAAAAGGUAGUUGGAUGGGGUCCAGAUAUCGCUGAUGCGCUUGCGCCAACGGGAUACCCGAAACCGGGUGUCCAGAAAGUCGAAUGGUUUAAGCUCCAGCUCAUGUUAUCAGGUAACACAUAUAUUGACCCUAUUAACCUACCGCCAUUGCCUCCGGGAAAGUCGGAGAUCGACGUGGCAGCAGACUACCUGUUUAAACUUCGACAAGCGAUGCGAGCAGCGUUACAGAAAACGCUCGGUGAAGUUUUCAAUCGAGAAGAGCGCAACAUCCGCUAUUACCUGACGGUGCCAGCCAUUUGGAACGACGCUGGUAAAGCUGCCACGAGAGCCGCAGCCAUCCAAGCUGGCUUCCUCCGGGAUGAAAAUGAUAACAGAUUGACGCUAGUCAGUGAACCCGAAGCCGCGUCGCUUUUCUGCGCCAAGACUGGCCUAUUGAAUCUCAAGGUUCACGAUGCUAUCCUCAUUGUUGAUUGUGGUGGUGGUACGGUUGAUUUGAUCGCCUACGAGGUCGAGGAUGAAAAUCCAUUUACCGUAGCUGAGUGUACCGCCGGUUCUGGUGAUUCAUGCGGUUCUACAGCCCUGAACAGGAAUUUUAGUAAUAUUCUUCGAACUAAAAUCCGCAAGAUGAAGCUUCCGGACGGAUCUAAGACUGCUGGCCGUGUAUACGCCAAGUGCAUUAUGGAUUUCGAGAACAGAAUCAAGGCCGAUUUUAGGAAUAAUGGCCAGAAAUGGGCCGUUGACGUUGGUAUCGAGGCUGAAUUCCCCGAGGCCGGUAUUGAGGAAGGUUACAUGACUUUCACCAACGAGGAGAUCCUUCAAUGCUUUGAACCUGUUGUGAACCGAAUUCUGGAACUUGUACGAAACCAAAUCAUCGCCAUCCAGGCACAAAAUCGGACAUUGCAGAAUAUUCUGGUUGUCGGUGGUUUCGGAGCUUCUGAAUAUCUCUUCCAGCAAAUUAAGCUUCACGUUCCGCCCCAAUUCCAGUCCAAGGUUGUACGGCCUAUGGACUCAGUGGCUGCCAUCGUGAAGGGUGCCGUCACGGCGGGUAUCACCGAGCGGGUUAUCACGCAUCGUGUGGCUCGUCGCCAUUACCUCAUGGCAACCCUCCAACCCUUUAAGGAGGGUUAUCACCCCGAAGCAUAUCGUGUGCCAUCCCUUGAUGGCAAGGACAGAUGCAAGUUCACUCGACAGAUCUUUGUGCAGAAGGGCCAGAAGGUCAAGAUCGGGGAGCCAGUCAAGGUUUCCUUUUUCCGACAAGUGGCCCCCGGCGCUACACUCAUGUACGAAGACAUUCUAUACGCUUGCGAUGACGAUGUUUGCCCCGAGUAUACUAAGGACCCUCGUAAGUUUCUUUUGCCACUAUUCAAUAGAUGUUCCACAACUGACAAGUUCCUUUCCCCAUUUUUAUAGGUAUAAAAGAGGUCGUCACUUUAACAUCGGAUCUGUCUCGCAAGAACCUCGAGAAAGAUUUCGAGCGAAUGGACACACCGCAGGGCACUUUCUACCGAGUAUAUUUCGAUAUCUACCUAACCCUCGACGGGUCCGAAUUCAGUGCCGAACUAGUCUGCCAAGGAGAGGUCAUGGGCCGCUGCAGAUCUAGGUUUAGAUAAGGGAAUCAAAAUAUGUGGGCGUACUACGUGGUAGUUGGGCGUUCUUUUAUACAACGUCUUUCGUCUAUUGCAAUUUUUAGUAGCUUUCCAAUGAUACCUCGUCUAAAGAAGAGCAAUAACAAACGUACUUAGAAAGAGUCUUCUCUCAAUAUUUUAAGCUGACAAGAAGUGUUGAUGAUGGUGAGAUGACCAUUUAUAUGGCCAAGGGAAACCAUUUGAAGGGUGAAUAGGUAGCUGGUUACAUGGGAAAGAGAAUAUUUGCACAUUUUAAGGUAUCUCCUACCUACCUACCUACCUACCUACCUUAGGUAGUUAUAUGCAGAAAUGCAAAGAAUUGGUACAACCAUUGAACUUGAACAUGAAGCUCGGGACGUGCAAUAGUAGUAUUGAUACAUUGUAACUGAUAUAUUGUACAUGGACAUGGGCAUCGAUAAUGCAAUCUAGCGGUGGCAAAAACUGUUAAGUUUGACGGCUUCCUUUGGGUUCAAAUGUAGAUCUAUC